GUGCUGGCAGGGGUGGUGCGGCCUUCGGGGUAGUGCGGACCUUGGGGUUGCAAGUGACAGUCACGUUGGAGGGUUGCCGUUUCAGUUUCCAAAGGAAACGGCUGUAUGAUCAGUGGACAGGCUUAGAGGAAUAUGAAUGAGGACCCAAUCAUUCUCCUUGGAGAUCGUCGCGCUCCUGGUGCUCAUCCUCAUCCCGUGGCCCGGACCCACGGUCUUUAAGAUAUCCUGCCCGCGGGACAGCGCCAGGAUCGUGCGCAAGCUCAUCCAGAAGAAAUGGCUGCCGGUCCUGGAGAAGAGGUCGGUGAAGCUGGGCCUCGAGUGCCCCUUCCACCCCAGCAGGGACAUCUUCGGCGCGCAGCAGGCCGCCAAACAGCAGCACCGGCCGUCGCAGUGGGCGUGCGCCUUCUGCGGCAAGAGCUUCUACACCGAGCACCACCUGGACCAGCACUUCGAUAGCAGGCACCGGGACUCCAUCAACAUGGCGGAGGACGCGGUCUGCCUCGCGGACUACUGCGACGUGAUGCGGUGCGAGGUGCUGGCGGCCCGCGAGGCGCACAGCCCCGGCCUCGGCGGCAGCGGCACGGACAUCGAGGUGUGGCGGUCCAGCCAGAACAUGGCGCACCGCACCGCGCUGUCCGUGUCCGCGCCCCGCGACCUGGCGCGGGUCACGGCCUUCCCCUCGCUCAAGGCUCCGCCGCCACAGCCGCCGCAGCAGCAGCGCAAACAGAAGCAGCAGCAGCAGCAGCAACAACAGCCUCAGACGCCGAGGUGUCCGCCUCUGCCGCAGGGCGGCAGCAAGGAGCGCGAGGGGGACGCCAACGCAACGGCCGACAUGUGCGGCAAGCAGGGCGACACCCUGGUGGACUCGAGCGUGCCGCCGCCGCAGCCGCAGCCCCAGCAGCAGCGGCUCAGCGAGAUGCAGAGGUUCAAGGCGGACUGCAAGCCGGAGGAGCUCAUCAAGCUGAAGACGCGCUGCGAGAUCUUGGUCAGGGACUGCAUAGCUGGCCUCUUGGUAAACCUCUCCGUUCAAGACUUCAAGGAGAUUGAGGAGGAGCUGAACCGCGCCUCGUGCUGGUACCUGACGUGCGACCGCUACUGGGAGGACUCGCCGGUGGAGGCGCGCGCCUCGCCCUGGAUGCUGCUGGCGCUCAUGGGCGCCAUGCUCACCGUCGGGGUCGUCAUCUGCUACUACAUCAUCUGGGUCCUAUUCGAGUGAGUCUUUCUCCCGACCUCGCGUCACGUUCUCGA